ACAUAACAAGCCACUUAUCCGCUUUGUUACUCACUUUAAAAUGCUUUCAUGUGUUCGUAUUGUGUUACAUGUUACAAAUCAUUUUGGAUGAGGGCACUUAUGACGACACCGAGACGUGGCGAUUAGCUGUGUUUUCAGCGCUACCUUCACCUUCGAUGUAAUGAAUUGACUGGGGACGAUGACGUCAUGCUCUCGACUGCUUCCUCGACGGUUGUUGUCGGUGUGUCCAUCAAGAACGAUGACGUCAUACUCUCAAUUGCUUCCUGUACGACUGUUGUUGUUUUUGACAGCAACGUCAUUGCGGUGAGGAUGGUUCUGAGCGAGGUCCCCGCAGAAAACAUCACGCGUCCCCUCGGCAGAAACGAGGUCAUAGGGCUGUUGUUCCGCCUGACCAUCUUUGGUGCCGUCACCUACUUCACCAUCAAGUGGAUGGUAGACGCCAUUGACCCCACCCGCAAGCAGAAAGUGGAAGCUCAGAAACAAGCUGAGAAGUUGAUGCGGCAGAUUGGUGUCAAAGACGUGAAGCUGUCUGAGUACGAGAUGAGCAUUGCUGCCCACCUGGUCGACCCCCUCAGCAUGCAGAUCACAUGGCGGGACAUCGGGGGACUGGAUGAGGUCAUCACAGAGCUCCAGGAGACUGUCAUCCUGCCCGUCCAGAAGCGUCAUCUCUUCCAUGCCUCCAGACUGUUGCAGCCUCCGAAAGGCGUUCUGCUUUAUGGACCACCUGGUUGUGGGAAAACGCUGAUUGCCAAGGCCACCGCUAAGGAAGCGGGCUUUCGCUUCAUCAACCUACAGCCAAGCACAUUGACUGAUAAGUGGUACGGCGAAUCGCAGAAGCUUGCCGCCGCUGUCUUCUCAUUGGCGGUCAAACUGCAGCCUUCGGUCAUCUUCAUUGAUGAGAUAGACUCGUUCCUGAGGAAUCGCUCCAGUUCGGACCACGAGGCCACGGCCAUGAUGAAGGCCCAGUUCAUGAGUCUGUGGGACGGGCUGGACACAGACCACCACUGUCAGGUGAUCAUCAUGGGCGCCACCAACCGGCCGCAAGAUCUGGACUCGGCCAUCUUGAGGAGGAUGCCCACCAGGUUCCACAUCAACCAGCCGAGUUUGCAUCAGCGAGAACAGAUCCUCAAACUCAUCCUGGAAAACGAGAGCGUGGAUGAGGACGUGGAGCUUUCCGAGGUGGCCAAGGAAACGGAGGGCUUCUCAGGAAGCGACCUGAGAGAGAUGUGUCGCGAUGCCGCUCUGCUGUGCGUGCGAGACUUUGUGCACCUUCAUGACGACAGCCCGUCAGAGGAUUUCAUUCGUCCCAUCCACAUAUCUGACCUGCAGAGGGCCAUCGCUAAGAUGAAGAAAUCCAAGACGGCGGGCGGUCACGGAGCCCUGCUGCACGCCACUCUGGACUAAACACAGGCGCCCGACUCCCUCCUGUUGAUGCCAUCAGGCUUUGCACUGCUAGCUUUUUUGUGCCAACUUUUUUUCUUUAAAGCCCUCAUGGUCAGCUCGUUCAAUAUUUAGGGGACACUAUAUUAGCACUUGUUGUAAAAUUCUGAAAAACUUGCCUCAGACGCAAAGCUUCUUCGGGGAGCUUUUAUUUUGGUAAGUCCUUAAGUGUGUUCCAACUUAAUGUUAUUGAUUAGUAAACAAGUCAUGAAAACUGUCAAUCAUAUCACAUAAGUUAUAAACUCUUAGGCUGGAAGGAUCCAAUGUCUUCUUGUCAGACAUUAUGUUUCCAGGCUGGAAUAAACACUUGUUUUUUUUAAGUA